AACAAAGUUCAAACUUCAAACACAGUCUUCCAACAAACACGUUGUGUUUCGAUACGAACGAGGUCUCCUUCUCAGAACCUCCGCCAAAUUUAGCGGCGAUUUUUCCAACUUCCAUUUUCUCCCCUCACCUUCUUCAUAUACGCCUCACACUCUUCUUCCUCUUCCACCCCACUUCUCUCUCUUUCCAACGAUGGCUCAGGUAGCUGCCUCACGAUCCAUUCAAAGCACCCCUUUGUGCCCCACUUCUGGAUCUGCACGUGACAGAGCCCAAAACCUGUUAAAGCCUCCAUCUUUUGCUUCCAAGGUGUUUCCUUUUGUAGGGAACAACAACAAACGCUCCAAACUCAGCCUCAGAGGCCUUCAGAUCAGUGCAAGGAAAUCAGCCCCUUCUGAAGUCAUCCCCGUGUCACCCGAAGAUGAUCCAAAGAUUGAGGAGCAUUUGCAACAUUUACGUGGGGUGCAGCCAUUUGGUGAGAACUCUGUUGGUAUGUGGUCUAAGCCCACGUUUAGGCGCAAAACGAAGAUAGUGUGUACUAUUGGACCUUCUACCAAUACGAGGGAAAUGAUUUGGAAGCUGGCUGAGGCUGGCAUGAAUGUUGCUCGGUUGAAUAUGUCUCAUGGAGACCAUGCUUCUCAUCAGAAAGUUAUUGACUUGGUUAAGGAAUAUAAUGCUUCUCAUGGAGACAAUGUGAUUGCAAUCAUGCUUGACACAAAGGGUCCUGAAGUUAGGAGUGGGGAUUUGCCACAACCAAUUACAUUAAUGCCUGGUCAGGAAUUCACUUUUACUAUUCAGAGAGGUGUUGGAACUGCUGAUUGUGUUAGUGUGAACUACGAUGAUUUUGUCAAUGAUGUGGAAGUGGGGGACAUGCUUCUUGUCGAUGGUGGUAUGAUGUCAAUGGUUGUUAAGUCUAAGACAAAGGAUUCUGUGAAAUGUGAAGUUGUUGAUGGAGGAGAGCUCAAGUCAAGGCGACAUUUGAACGUUAGAGGAAAAAGUGCAACUCUGCCUUCAAUCACUGAGAAGGAUUGGGAUGAUAUCAAGUUUGGAGUGGAUAACAAAGUUGACUUUUAUGCUGUUUCCUUUGUUAAGGAUGCUGAAGUUGUUCAUGAGCUGAAGAAUUAUUUGAAGAGCUGUGGUGCUGAUAUACAUGUCAUCGUAAAAAUCGAAAGUGCAGACUCUAUACCAAAUUUGCAUUCAAUUAUCACUGCGUCUGAUGGGGCUAUGGUUGCCAGAGGAGAUCUUGGCGCUGAGCUCCCUAUUGAAGAGGUUCCACUUUUGCAGGAAGAGAUAAUCAAUUUGUGUCGUAGCAUGGGAAAGGCUGUUAUUGUGGCAACAAAUAUGCUAGAAAGCAUGAUUGUUCACCCAACUCCAACCAGAGCAGAGGUAUCGGAUAUAGCAAUUGCUGUUCGAGAAGGUUCUGAUGGAAUAAUGUUGUCUGGAGAAACAGCUCAUGGAAAGUUCCCACUAAAAGCUGUGAAAGUAAUGCACACAGUAGCAUUACGGACUGAAGCUACUAUACCAGGUGGUCAAAUGCCACCUAAUAUUGGUCCAGUGUUGAAGAACCACAUGAGUGAGAUGUUUGCAUACCAUGCAACCAUGAUGUCUAACACUCUUGGAACCUCAACUGUUGUCUUCACUAGAACGGGUUUCAUGGCUGUCCUUCUGAGCCAUUAUCGUCCUUCGGGCACCAUAUUUGCUUUUACAGAUGAGAAGAGGGUACAACAGAGGCUGGCUUUGUAUCAAGGAGUCUGUCCAAUAUACAUGGAAUUCUGUGACGAUUCUGAGGCAACUUUCAGAAGAGCCUUGAAUUUGCUGCAGAAGCAAGGAAUGGUGAAGGAAGGAGAAGAAGUAGCACUUGUACAAAGUGGUAGGCAACCCAUAUGGAGGUUCCAAUCCACGCACAAUAUCCAGGUUAGGAAAGUGUAAACUAGAAGAAUGGAGGUGGCCACGAAUAAUGUUUCAAGACACAGUACGUUUAGCUUCACAAGAGCAUCAUCUUAUUAUUGCCUCUUAGUUGGUUGAUGCUAGUAUUUUUUUGUUUUUGUUGGCUUGUUUAGGUUCCAUAUUUCAAAAUAUUAUUGCUAUUAUUUUUUUCCUCUGUAAUUUUGUCACGUUUCUAAAUGUUAUUGAAAUUUUGGUUAAGAAAUUGAAAUCAGAAAUAUACUUUCAGCAUCAAGGACUGACUUGUUUGUCAUGCUAAGUAUGGAUAAACGACUUAAUAAUACUUUGAGGGCAAGUCCCGAUGCAAUGGUAAA